AUGAACUGGCUUUCAGCAAAAUCUCAUGCUCCCAUAAUCAAAAUCACAAUAAAAGAUCCUAAACCAAGUUACACAACAUGGGACCGGAUCGAAGGCACAGUGACGGUGACUGCACCCAAUGACACGAAUGUUAACAAUAUUCAAAUUACAUUCGAAGGUUCAUCCCGAGUAGCUCUACCGCGGCCAAUUACCGAACUCCGUGAACCUACAGCCUGCCACACAUUCCUGAAGCUUCAACAACCCAUUGAAACUCCUAACUCGCCUAUUCAUGUCCCAGAAAGAACUAACAGUUAUCCAUUCUGCUUCGUCAUUCCCGAGGAAUUGCCCCUCGGAUCUUGCAUGCACGAAAAGAGCAAUGGAUGUGUCGAUUAUCGGCAUGCUAAGCUUCCACCAACACUGCGAUUCGCCAACUUGUCUCAGGAACUGUGUCGGAUUGCGUACUCUAUUCGUGCUACGGUUUUCUACCAUAUAGAGAACGAUGGUAAUAACGAAAGAACAACUACAUCUACAAGAGAUCUACGGUUCGUCCCUGCGCAUCAGUCGAACCACCUCCCGCGAAGCCUGCAGACCUUCAUAUCAUUACAACACAACCCGAAGCAGGACGUGAAGAGCAAAGCAUCGCUUUCUCCGUGCAGAUUAUCUGUGGAAGGGUCUUCCGCACAGCUGACGCAGGGGCGCUGUCUUGGGGAUUCCUCGAAUGGCUCCUUCGACGCAUAUCUUACCAUACCACUUCGCUUCGAAGCAACGGGAGAAGCGAAGGCUCCUCGACUACGAAACCUGCAUUGCACGCUCAAGGCUUCAACAUUCUUGGCGACAAGGCCGAGUGUCAAACGGCUCAAGCGUCAUGAGGCGCAAUACCGACAAGCACAUGUCGAGACUAUCGCGAUGCGAUCAGAGGAUAUCUCAUAUACGCAAUGGGUCAGGCAUGAGCCAGCCCCAGGGGACUGUGUUACCGAACAUCAGAGCGGCGACAAGCUAUACUACACAACAUCCAUCCAUCUCCCUAUACGCAUGCCUCGGAAUGGACAUCUCAUACCAUUUUCUACAUGUCUUCUCUCACGAGCCUAUCUUCUCGACAUGCGUAUGUCGUAUUCUACGCCCGAUUCGAAUGGACGUCGUCGAUCGUUGGAAGCUACAUUACCAGUUAACAUUGCGGCGUCUUAUGAGACGUAUAUGGAGAAGAUACCGCUUCGGAAUACACUAGAUGAACUAUGUUUAUCUGAUUGGGGUGCCGAGCCACCACCAUAUCAUGGCCAUGAAUUAUCUCGCUCCAGCGAUGUUGUGUCCUUGAGAAAGGGACAACAUACCGGGGUUUACCACCAUCUGGUGACUUCCUGA